AUGACAUCAAAAUCUUCUAAAAAUAUGGAUUAUGUUCCUGAAGACAUUUAUUCAAAUUAUAAUAAAGAAUAGAAGAACAUAUUAAGAAACUCUAGAGAAGAUAGGAUUAAGUUAUAGAACCUUAAUUAGCGCAAUGAGGACACUUUAUAAAGUGAGAAAGUUAUUUAAAUUUAGAAUAAUGAAAAUCCUACUAAUAGAUAUUACAAUGACAUGCAAUACAGUGAAGCAAAUUCAUAAAAUAUAACUUUUUCAAGAUCACCUCGAGAUUAGUCAAAAAUAACAGCAAUAAAUAUUUAGUAAAGCGAUUACUAAAUUGUAUUAGGUUAAUCUUAAGAUCAAAAAGAGGCAGACUUAAAGGCUGAAGUUCCUCUUUUGGCUGACUAAUAAUCAUCUUCUACUUAAUAAAGCUAGUUCCUAAAAAUAGAUUUACCUGUUAGAAGACAAGGUAAAAGAUUAAGCUAUGUUCAUGGAAUUGUUCCUCGUAAGGAGUCAAGAAUGAGAUCAAUAAUAGCAGUGAUUCAAAAGCAUAAAAAGGAAAAUAAAGUGGAUGAAAUUAAGCUGAUAUCAAAAAUAAAGCUUAGAAUAAACUAAUUUUUUAAGAAGUAUACUUUAACAGGAAGAAGAGAUAAUCUAAACUUAAUUUCAAAAAGAGAAUAAAUCAUCAAAUUGUACUUAAAAAAUAAUGUUUUGUAUGAUUUUAUACCUUUAUUAUCAAUACAGUUAAUCUAUGUGAAUAAGGUUUCUUCACUAAUUUUUAAAAUAAUAACUUAUGUCAAGCUUAAGAAUGUAUUGGAAGAAAUUUCUGAUUUGUAGAAAUAGAUAUGUAUGGCUAUCAAAAAGUACUAUUAUGUGUAGCUCUUCAAUUUAAUAAGCCAAGUCUUUAUUAUAGGUCAUUCGAUAGCAUGUGCUUGGUAUUUAUUAGCAUAUUAUGAGUUAGAAUACAUUGAAAGUGAAAAUUGGUUGAGUGAAAAGGAAUAAAUAUGGUGGAAACUCUACAUUGAAUCUUUAUUCUGGGCUCUUACUUUGAUGACUACAGGUUCAAAUGAAUCAAAAACCGUUUUUGAAGCACUAUUUACUUCAAUUAUUAUGCUGUUUAUUUGUAUUAUAUUUUGCUAUUUAUUAGACUCUAUUGGAAAUAUUCUGGCAGAUAUUAACGAAAAAGAACGAAUGAUGAAAAAGGAUAUAAAUAUUAUAAAUGAGUUUAUGAGGACUCACCACAUAAGCAGAAAUUUGCAAAGGAGUGUGAAUAAAGAUCUUGAAAAUUUCUAUGAAAAGAAUUACAAAAAGUUAAAAGAAGAAAAUGAAUCAGUCCUUCAGAAAAUAUCUCCUCAUUUAAAGAUUUAAAUCAACAAGGAAAGCUACAAAAAAUAUGUUGAUAAGAUAGCUUUUAUAAUAAAAAAUUUUAGUAAAGAAACUAUUGAAAAGCUAUGUUAAAGCGUAGAAGAGCUAUACUUUACUCCAAACCAGAUUCUAUUUAAUCAAAAUGAUAAUGAUUCCUUUUGCUUAAUGUAUAUCGUUGAAGGUUAGGUGGAACUUUUUAGAAAGUGUGAAUAAGAUCAGUCUAUUCAUCAAAAAAUAGGUAUCCUGGAUAAAGACUCGAUAAUAGGCUAGCACAGCUUUUUGACAGGGUAGUAAAGGAUGGCAGGAGCUAAAUCAAAAACUUUUUCAACAAUAAUAUAGAUAUCUAGAGACAAUUUUUUAAAAAUUAUAAAAUAAAAUGAGGAAGACUAUUAAAAAUUUUGCUUGAUUAAAGAUAACAUCAUGAUUUACAAAAAUUUUUAUAAUAUUGGUGUCUGUUGUUCAAUAUGUAAAAACUAUCUUCAUUAUUCUUAAGACUGCCCACUUGCACAUUUAGAUAGAGAACAGGCAUAUGGAAAAGCAAAAUUUUUAGAAAAAAUGAAAUAAAGCAGAAGUAAAUAUGAAAGAAAACUUGUAAAAUUUGAAAACUCUUUAGCAGUUUAAUAAAAGCUAUAUGAAAUAGCAUUAUUUUUUUAAGAUAUCAUUACAGUUUCUUAAGAUAAAUUAAAUGAAUAAAAAAGUUGUGUGUAUUCUGAUUAAGAAAGUUAAAAUAGUGAAGAAGAAAAGAAAACAUAAAGCUUAACAGAAGAGUAUUUUAAUUCUAAAAAAGGAAGUUAAUUGUCAAAUACGAUGGUCGAUUAUGAUGAUGAUAAAAAAAAAUAAAAUCACUCUUAAAUUGAAAAUUAUUCUGAAUAAAUAAAAUAAAAAAGGUUGUCAAUUGAUUAUAAGAAUAGAGCUAUAAAUAUUAAUGUUAAUGAAUUCCAUGAAAGCAAAAAUAAAUAUUCUUCUAAGGAAGAUUUUGAAAUUAAAAACACUAAAAAUUAUUUAUCUCCAUAAAGCUAAGAAUAAGACUAAAACUAUGAGCCUAAGAGGUCAGCUCUCAGAGAUGACCAUCAUAAAAAUAUUCACUUUAGAGAUGAAUAAGAAAAUUAUAAUAAAUUUAAAUCGUUUGACAAAUAACCAUCAGAAUUGAGUACCUUGAAGCAUAUUGGCACAAAAUAAAUUUAAUACUAAAUAGAAUAGAGUAUGCAUUUUACAGAUAUGCGUCAAAAUAAACAAAAAAAACUCACUGCAAAAAGUAUUAUAGAUUAACGAAAAGUUUUUAAUUCAUACUUAUCACAUGAUAAUGAGGAAGCUAAUUCUAAGGAAUAUUAUUAGAGUCCUUGGGUAUUUGAUAAAUAAAAGGAUUAUACUAUAUACUUUCCAGAUGGUAAUUUAUCAGUAGUUUUAUUUAAAUAUAGUAAAUUUUAAAAAAAAAUAUAAACCAACAAAAAAAUAAAUAGAAAAUCUUAGAGAAGAUGA